AUGACCAAUAAUUCUGAGACCCAAGACUCCUCGGCAACUGAACCAGAAUACUAUGGGUCAGACAUUCUGCUCGAGGAAGAGUCCUUCUCGUGGUACGACCGACGUGCUUUCUGCCCUGUCCGAAUCGGAGAAACAUUCGAAUCGAAGUAUGAGAUUCUUCUGAAAUUGGGCUAUGGUUCUGUAUCUACGGCCUGGCUGUGUCGUAACCUCGAAACGCAACAAUACGUGACACUCAAAAUUUAUAUGACAGGACACCGACAGGCCCAGAAUGAAGUGAGAGUGCUACAGCACAUACAAGACAUUCGCUCUGACGAUCACCCUGGCACUCAGCUGGUGCGUCGGAUGCUCGAUACGUUUGAGCUUCCCGGAGAGAUUGGACCGCACACCUGCAUUGUGCACAGCCCUUUGAGUCUCACGAUGCGUGACAUCCGCAAUAUGGCUGGCGGCCAGAUUCCCAGCUCAAUCUUGAGACCCAUGAUAUAUGGACUUCUGCUCGCGCUCGAUUAUCUACACUCAGAAGCGCACGUGGUGCACACAGACAUUCAGGAGGGCAACAUCAUGUUGUCCAUAGAAGACCACUCAUACCUAGACGAGCUGGUGGAACAAGAGCGAGAACAACCCAGCCCGCACAAACGAGAUGGCGACCCGCACAAUCUGUUCGACUACGCAAAAUUCGGCCAAGGCCCAUUCGAAGGCGAAGUCAUGCCAGAUCUGUAUCGCGCACCCGAAGUUGUCCUCGGCAUAACUUGGGAUGAGAAGAUAGAUAUUUGGAGCUUCGGCUUGAUGAUAUGGGAUUUGCUAGAAGGCAAGCACCUCUUUACUGAACGAUUACCGAGUCGCGAAGAAUCGAGCGGCAAGCAUCUAGCUAGAAUGGUGACUCUGCUCGGAAAACCACCAUCAGACUUUCUCCAGAGAUCGCGGAUCUCGAACAAGUAUUUCGAUGACGAGGGAAAUCUCACCAUCCAGGCAUCCCCAGAAACAACGACGACAACGCUAGAAGAAGAGGAGAUUGUCCUCGAAGGAGAAGAGACAUCCCAAUUUCUGGCAUUCAUGAGAAAGACCCUCCAAUGGCGGUCGAAAGACCGCGCUUCGGCGAAGGACUUACUGCAAGACCCUUGGGUAGUCUCUUGGGCGGCUUGA